UUGUGCUUGCACAGGGAUUGUGUGUUCAACUAUCCUAAUUUUUUAAUUAGAGAAUCUUAAAGCCGACAGGGGCACGUUGGAUUGGAAAGGCGAUGUAGCAUGCGGGGCUGCUUGAGUAGUUGUGUUCUCUCCACCAAAUAUAUAAGCCCCUCCGAGUUUCUUUGACAUCCAAUCCCCAUUGCUUAAUGUUCAUCAAUUCUACACGCACCCAGAUUAUCUUUUGCGGAACUGGGUCUUGUUUUUUUCUGAUUUUCUGCUUUUGAUUUUUCUAAAUCUGGGUACUGAGGAUCGAGUAAAGUGUAGAUUACCAAUAAAGUUUGUUUCUUUUGUAAUGGUUUGAGAUUGAAUUUAAAGCAAUGGAAGUUGACAAGAGAUGCAAAUUCAAGAGGGUUUGUGUCUUCUGUGGGAGCAACUCUGGCAACAGAGAAGUUUUCAGUGAGGCUGCACUUGAAUUGGGGAAUGAACUGGUGAAGAGGGAGAUAGACUUGGUGUAUGGUGGGGGAAGUGUUGGUUUGAUGGGUUUGAUUUCCCAGAGAAUGUAUGAUGCAGGUUGCAAUGUUCUUGGUGUGAUUCCGAAAGCACUCAUGCCUCUGGAGAUAUCUGGUCAAAUGGUCGGACAAGUGAGAAUUGUUUCAGACAUGCACGAGCGCAAAGCAGAAAUGGCUCGAGAAGCCGAUGCAUUUAUUGCUCUUCCUGGAGGGUAUGGAACCAUGGAAGAGCUGUUGGAAAUGAUAACGUGGUCACAACUUGGAAUCCAUAAAAAACCAGUUGGUCUGCUAAAUGUUGAUGGAUAUUAUAAUUCUUUGCUUGCAUUAUUUGACAAUGGUGUUGAGGAAGGUUUCAUCAAGCCAGGUGCACGACACAUAGUUGUAUCUGCUCCAACAGCCAAAGAACUCUUGCUGAAGAUGGAGCAAUACUCUCCUUCCCAUGAACAUGUUGCUCCUCAUGAAAGCUGGCAGAUGAAGCAACUAGGUGCUUAUCCAAGCAAACAGAGUCUAUAGUGAAAUUCUAGUUGGUGGGACCCGCAGAAUGGAAGCCUAAUUAUUUCCUUCUUGAUGCGACAUCUAUGACUGGAUGGAUGAGUUGAGGGCAACUAAGGCUUUGUGGUGAGCUAUUGAAUCUCAGGAACUGAAGCCAAGACCAAUCUCAAACUUGUGCAUGGUUCCAGUCAAUGAAGCAUAACUCAUUAGUCUUAAAUUCUAGGCUGAACUGUUGUAGUACAAAUUUAAUAAGCCUCUAAAUGACAUUUCUUUAUUUUUUUUUUA